GGCUGCUGGAUCGGGCUGCCCCUUGCUGCCCGUUCGCAAGCGAGCUAAUGAAGGGCUCACGUCGCACCGGUGAAUCGAUGCGUGGUUGCGCAGCGGCGGCGUUGGAGCCGCAGAGCGAGAUGCGCGGCGGCGGAAGAGUUGCAACAUGCGAGCUGCAUGCGGAUCUUCACGGUGGCCUAUCGGUGUCCAGGGCUCCAAGGGAAGGCUCUUGCGGUGUAGAGAGGUGCGUUUCUCAGGCGGUCGAUCCGGCUCUGCCGGCUUGCGAGAGGCUGUGCUUUGCGCGCCGCGUGCUCCGCGUAGAUUGACCAACGCAUCAGCGAGAGGCCUCGGACAACACCUCCGACGACCGCUACAUUACGAACGCUAGCUUUCUGGACGGCUAGAGCAGCAUAAAGUGCAGAGCAUCACUUUACACAGAGCAAGCAACAAGCAAAGCCAUGGACUACGCCGCCGACGCCUACAAGUUCGGCGCCCUGUUGUGCGGGCUCCACGGAGCAGGACGCUUAGCGGGUCUGAGCGACAUCGCCGCGCACGUCGUCCCGCAGGCCGUAGCAUUCCUAAUCCUAGCGGUAUUAGGUGUAGAUGCCUGGCGGUCCAUGUACGAAGACGUCGGCACGACGCCGGGCGUUUAUGCUGAAGCACACGCCAACGGCAUCCGGUGCUGCAUUUUACAGAUCCCCUUUCAAUUAUAUGAACUAGCCUGUGCGGCGCGAGUCAAACGCUUGCGAGGAAAAACGUUUGAGAUGGUCGCGCACCACGCGUUAGCAUUGUUGUUAGCGUGCCUGGCCGUGAACAAAAAUAUUUACUUUUUCUACGGGACGUACUUUUUUGGAGUUUCGGAAUUAAGUUCCUUACCGCUCGUCUUCCUCGACUUGUUUAAGAUGUUCCCCGACGUGAAGAAGAGAUAUCCGGUCUCGAAUGAGUUGAUACGACCCUUCUUCUGCGUCUGCUUUCUCGUGUUGCGGACGUUUUACUGGCCCUACGUCAGUUACCACUUCUGGAGCGCCUCAUUGACACACUACCCGAAUGACGCGCUGGAGGUCAUCACGUUCUGCACCGUCAACCUGUUAUUGAGCGCCUUACAGGCCUUCUGGACCUACCUCAUCAUUAUUGGAUUAUAUAAAUUGGCAAUUGGCGAUCCUACCACUCAUGACGUGGACAAGAUCGACUAGGCGCUGGCCCUAAAAGGAGCAGCGACGUAUCCAUGACAUAUCCAUGACAUAUCCGGUCGCCGGGAUAUGCUAGUAGUUUGGGGGUU